AUGUGGAUCGAAAAAUAUCGACCUCAGGGCCUUGAUGACCUCCUUUCACACCAAGAGAUUAUUGCUACGUUGAGGACCCUUAUUUCAAAUAAUCGCCUUCCUCAUCUUCUUUUCUGUGGACCCCCAGGGACAGGUAAGACAUCAACAAUACUUGCUUGUGCCAAGGAAAUGUACGGCUCCUCGUUUAAGUCCAUGGUACUUGAGCUUAACGCCUCUGACGACCGCGGCAUUGGUGUGGUACGAGAUCAGAUCAAGAGUUUUGCCUCUACGAAACGAAUAUUUUCGAGCGGUGUCAAACUUAUAGUGUUGGAUGAAGCAGAUGCCAUGACCACGGCUGCACAAAUGGCUCUGCGCCGCGUUGUGGAAAAGUAUGCCGCAAACACACGCUUCUGCAUUAUUUGUAACUAUGUCAACAAAAUCAUCCCAGCCUUGCAGUCGCGGUGCACAAAGUUUAGAUUUGGACCGCUCCCCGCUGAUGAUGUGCGGAAAAGAGUUCUGGAAAUCGCAGCGUUUGAGAGCGUAUCAAUAUCCUCCGAUGGACUCGAAGCCUUGCUAAUCCUAGGCAAGGGUGAUAUGCGAAGAAUCCUCAACGUUUUGCAGUCAACUCACUUGGCCUCGUCCGGGGCCCGGGGGGGUGAGAUUACAGCAGACGCAGUCUACUCAAACACAGGCGCUCCGCACCCUGGGGAUGUGAAAGCUGCUUGGGGCUGGCUGCUAGAAAGAACUUUUCCGGACUCAUCUGCAAAGCUGCGAACACUAAUGCAAGACAAAGGACUUGCUCUCGGAGACAUCAUCACUGAACUGUUUCCACUUGUCUCGACGUCAUCCCUUUCUAAGAACGCCAAGAUGUAUAUGUUCGAAAGUCUUUCAGAUAUUGAGUACCGCAUGGCCACAGGUAGCUUGGAGAAACUCAACAUGGCAGCACUGAUAGGUUGCUGCAAGUUUGCUUCCGCGAUGAACGCAGGAUCGUUUUCUUUGUGA